GGUCGAGGGUAUAAAACCGUGUGAAUGCUGGCAGAGCUUCAUCAAAAUCGCAACAACCGCGAAACGGAAAAGACACGCGAGUCAAAGUGAAUUAAAUCUAGAAAGAUGUCCGUAGUGCCCCUGAUGUUCCGUGACUGGUGGGAUGAGCUCGACUUUCCAAUGCGCACCUCGCGCCUCUUGGAUCAGCAUUUUGGCCAAGGGCUGAGGAGGGAUGACCUCAUGUCCUCGGUGUGGAACUCCCGCCCCACUGUGCUGCGAUCGGGAUAUCUGCGCCCCUGGCAGAAGAACAGCCUGCAGAAGCAGGAGUCCGGCUCCACCCUCAACAUCGAUAGCGAGAAAUUCGAGGUGAUCCUGGAUGUCCAGCAGUUCUCACCAUCCGAGAUCACCGUCAAGAUUGCGGACAGGUUCGUCAUCGUGGAGGGAAAGCACGAGGAGAAGCAGGACGAGCAUGGAUAUGUCUCUCGGCAGUUUUCCAGACGCUACCAGCUGCCAAAUGAUGUCAAUCCCGAUUCGGUAACAUCUUCCCUUUCCUCCGACGGCCUGUUGACCAUCAAAGCGCCCAUGAAGGCACUGCCACCUCCAUCGACUGAACGCCUCAUCCAGAUCACACAGACUGGACCAUCUUCCAAGGAGGACAAUGCCAAGAAGGUGGAGACCUCCACGGGCUAAGGCUGAUUUUUUUAUUUAAUGUGUGCUGCUUUCAGUGUUAGUUAGUUUAUGUCUACGUGUGCCUUAUAUAUUGGAUUUUUACAUAUUUUAUAUCAAUUAAAACGAAACUAAAGAUAAAUA